CAGCGCCUGGGGCUCCUGCCUCAGAUGUAGAUAAAUAUGAUUCCUCGAUACCUGCCCCAACCUCCCUGCUCUCCCGUUAGUGUCAGUGGUGGGAUCAGACCGGAGUCCCAGCUGCUAACCCAGGCCCAGGGCCCAGGCCGGCUGAGCGCUCUGUGCUGGACGGAGAUGGCCUGGGUGCUGGUCGCUGCCUUCUGCCUUCUGAGCGGUGCCCACGCCCAUGACUGGGGUGUGACACUCGCACCAGGGCCCCUUGCUGGAUGGGUCGGCUCCUGCGUGACCAUCCCCUGCUCCUUCACCUACCCCGCAGGGUGGAAGGUCAGGGCCGUGAACUGGACACGGAACGGGAAUCAAACCGUGUAUCACUCGAAUGAAGCUCGUGUCCACCCUGCCUUCAAGGGGCGCGUCCGCUACCUGGGGAACAAGCAGCACAACUGCUCCCUGCGGGUGGCGGGGCUGCGCCCCAGCGAUCAGGGCACCUACCGCUUCCGGUUCGAAGUAGUGGGCCAUGGCAGCAGCCGUGACGCAUGGACGGGCAAGACAGGACAGCAGCUCAAUGUCUCCGCCCAUCCGUGCCAGCCCUCCCUGGGGCGCCAACUGGAACCGGGACCCUCCCUCAACUGCUCCGUGGGGGCCGCCUGCCCCCAUCACCCCUCCUGGUACGACCGAGAUGGCACACGGCGGAGCCCAGGGGAAACCCCGGGCGGGGCUGGGGCGACCGAGCUGCGAAUAUCCCCGUCCCAGCUGGACCCCGGCGUGGUGCUGAGAUGCCAGGUGGAUGGAUACAGGGAUGAGUGUGACUCUGCCCAAUCCCAGCCCCUGGGGACAGUCGCCCCCAACGUGCCCAGGGUCAAGGUUUCGUGGCCGGCAGGGAAGGCAGCGCUGAGGGAAGGCGACAAUUUUACCCUGCGCUGCCAGGCUGCUGCCCUGUGGCCCAUCGCCGGGUACGUCUGGUCCCGCGGGGACGUGUGGCUGAAAGGAACCAGGAAGGAUUUACAUGUUCGCAAGGCAGCCGUCUCUGACAGAAGGAGCUACGCGUGCGGGGUCUGGGUCUCCGGCCCCGGCUGGGGGUAUCUGAGCCUCUCUGCGAGGGAAUCGGUCCAAGUUCAGCUCCCCGGGACACCCACGUACAUCAUAGGACCUACAGUUGUGCUUGUCCUGUUACUGCUGGUGGGGCUGGUCGGUGUCACAGCUUGGAGUAAGAUGCGGCGCAAACGCCAGGGAAUGAGCAGCAAUGCGCACCAGCCGGGCCCGGGGGAGACUCCGAUGUCUGAACGCAUCUACGAGAACGCCCAGGACUAUGGCAUGGGGCAGCCAGCCUGCCUGGCCCCACCCGGGCCCCCCAGCGCGACCACCGAGCUGUGCCCGGGCUCUCCGGAUGGCACCGGGCAAUCCCACAUCUACAGCCAGCCGAUGAACAGGGGCAAAGUACCGCAGGGUGACCCAGACAAGGUCCAGUACUCAGCCAUCCAGCUGCAGCCUCCCACCCAGAGAGCAGAGCCUGCCGCCGACCUCACCUGCGACCUCAGCUGUGAAUACGCUGCUAUUAAGCGCUAGCAUCCAGUUGCGGCUCAGCUGGCACCUCCCCCCAAAUUCAGGGCAGCCCCAUGGCCUGGGCAACACACGAGGCCGGGCUGGGUGAUCUCCCCGCCCCCGGCUGAGCUGAGAAUCUGGGAAUUAGGCUCCAAAUUCAGAGGUUUUCUGGAUCUGGAUUCUUAGCGGUGGCCCCGUAAAUGGGGAAUUCAAGGGGGCGGCGCAGGGAUCGGAGGGUGGAGGGAGACACUAAGGCCCAGCUCCUGGAUGGGAUUUCGGUGCCUAACUCCCCUGGGCUUCAGCCCCACAGAAGGGCUGUUUCUGUCACUUCCCAUUGACUCAAUGGACACUCCAGGCUUCAGCGCGAUGCAGACACAGCGCAGCUCGGCUGGACUCACACUAUAAAGCUUUAGAACGAAAACACAAAGUGUCGACUGUCCUGUUGUAGCCGCGUGGCCCUGGGCUGUGAGAGAGACAAGGUGGGAUACGGUGAAAUCGACGUUUACUGCCAUUGAGCAAUGAAAAUAAUUGAAAUCUUCCGAGCCUACAUGUAUUUAUGCCAUGCCAAGCGUCAGUGAGAGCCCAGCCUUCUAACCAAUAACCAAUAACCGCCCUUAUCCUAAGCGAAUGCACCGAUUUCUUUGUGACGGAUUCUAGGCCCAGUUGCCAAACCUCUUACUGAACAGUCGUUUGCUUAGUACGUUCGCUUAGUACGUCCACAGGCCUGGAGGAUUUGGUUUUUAGUGGUAAACGUCAAUUUCGCUGACUCACACCAACUGCCAAAACAUAUUUCCCUUGGUAAUAAUUGACAUCGGCAGAUGGGCCAGGUAAGAAAACUGAGGCUUGAGAACUUAGUGUUUGAUUUAAGGAUAUUGAAUUGGCUAUUUUGACUGGGGGUGUUGACAAUUGGUGUUUUGAGAGUUGUAAAGUGUUCACUCUUUUAACCUCGACACAUGCAGUCAUGAAAUAAAUAUUGGCUGAAAUAAAUAUUGGCUGACACCUCCUCCCCUCCACAAUCUCCUGCAAUUAGGACAAUUUAAAUUGAUAAA